CUAGUCGCCUUCGACAUCCCGUCUCCUACCAUUAGCGGCCGACGGAUCAGCUACAUGGACGUGGACACUGAAGAUUUUGGCCCGUCAGAUGAAGGGCCAGAUCCCCAGAUCCCACCAGGGCUUGAGCUCGACCCCUCGCAGAUGUGCUAUGGCGCAUCACCGAAGCCGUUUCAGCUUUACUAUCCCCAUGGGCCGACGGUGGAGGGCAUGCCGCAGCAAAGGAGGACAUCGAAGGGGCAUAUUCUGACCAGGCAUUUCAAGGGAAGAAAGGCAUAGUGUUGCAUGCACUUUUUAGACCGUCAUACUGAUUCUUUUAUUUCGUAUGUUCUUGUAGCAUUACAUGUUUUCCGCGCUAUACCCAGAUAUCAUACACGACAACAUAUUUUCUUCGCAUCCCUUACAAUCUAUCCCGGUAUAAUUCAAAAGGCAUCCACACGAACUCGAAUAUCUCAACAUAUCACCAAGAUAGCAUCAUUGCCUCUGCCGCGAUUAUACCAGGUACAAAGUGGAUGUGUCCUCUUACACCACCCUGUCUUAACUCACACUGACUUGGUACCCACACCUGCUUCCAAGUACUGUCAGCCCAUAUCCACAAAGGUCGCAAUCUAUCCCGGGUUCUCACCCUCGCAUCAUUCUUGCUCCUCGUUUAUCCCACCCUUCGUCUGCCGCCACACGACAACGCCCACACUCGUCGCUAUGACCGUCAGAACAACCACCGUCCACAACCUCCUUUUGAUCCUCGCCCCUUUCUUAUCUUUCUCUUCCUUUUCCCCACUAGCACGGUUUUCCUCCAUCGGCAUACGACUCCCCACCAAACCGCGUUCUAAAGACGUAUUCGAAAUCCCGGAGUACUGGCUUGGUUGGGCGCUUUGGAGGCUGGACCUGGCCAUGGUGAUGGGGGUAUGGGAGUAGUGUGUUGUGCGGGAUUUUGGGGUGAGGAUGCUGUCGAUCGGUUUUGGGACAGUUGGGAGUGCCAUGUGGGGAUUGGGUGAUUGGCAGUUGCAGCGUGUUCCGCGGUGGGAGGUGAGGUUUGCUGGGCAGGUUUUGGUGGUGGUAGAUUGGGCCAU